AUGCUGUUUAUGCUCGCAAGACAGCUCAGGUUGUUGCAGGUACGCAUCCAAAGGCCUGUUGCGCCGACCUAUAUCGGCGCCGUUAACACUCCAUUCCACCGCAAACCCGUCUGCGGACCUGCACCCUUUUCGUCGACCAGUGCCCAGGCAGCCUGCAUCCCGGAGCGAUCUGUCGAGCACGAGGUGGACGAAUACGAUGAGACGUCCGGCAGAGAAACGACCGAGAUUGGCUUGGAUUAUAAUUUGCGAUUGAUUGGGGAGCCCCAGAACCUGUUGUCUAACUACUUCUCAUCGCCACGAGAGACACAGGAACAGUCGAUAAGUACAGAUCAGGCUACACCUACGCAAAAGCCAGGACCUUUAGAUCCCUCGGGGCGUCGUCCGCAGACGUGGCAGCUAAACCCACAGCAGCUUGAGCUGGAGUCGGAUGUUGGACACAACAAAAAUAUAGGAAGCAAAUUGGUGGACGACGCACGGUAUUCUCGAGAUUUUACCCUUUGGAAGGAGCUUCUCUUAUACCGCCAGCGACACUAUGGGGACGACGGAGUUAUCCAUGUUUGGAAAGGCUUGACCAGGAGAUGCUCAGGCGUUGUUCUUCCUACGGAGGGGAAGGUUGCCGACUUCUUAUGGGAAGCUUUCGUUGCUGUGGCGCUGAAAGAAGACUGGAUGUUACGAGAGCUACAAGCCCAUGCGGAAACCAUAUGGAAUGAUAAGGGAACCAGAUGGGGGUUCUUCUACGAGCGCGUUAUAGGCGCGUUUGUGAGGAUGGGAAAUCAGUCGCAGGCGUUGGUAUGGCAUCAGGCACUCAAGGAUCCUCACCUGGAUGGCCCGAAGGCCAUACUGUGUGUCUUCGAGAAUGCGAUGGCCACUAGGGAGGGCCUUGAGAUUUUCCAAGAGCUUUGCCAAUUGACCGAUGACCAUAGAAUAUAUGCAUCUGUGAUACCACUUCUUUGGAAACAAAAUAACAUUCAGUCAGCGCUUGUGAUGCAUGAUUUUUUGAUGCGGAGGGGAGACGUUCCGUCCCUCAAGGACGUCCAGCCUCUAAUGCUACAUGUCGAGAAAUAUAGCACGAGUCAACAGCAGUCUCACUUCAUAAGCGGGCUUAUCAAAGCUGGGACUUUACCUCCAGGUGCCACAUUAGAUGACCCCCGUUGGUACUUAUCGCAGAAUAAGGCAAACACCGCUGACAUUAUCGACGCGGAAACACCGACGGUGAAAGAUGACUUCGGAGCCCGCCUAUUUGCCACAAAGACCUUUACAUUCGACUUAAUUCUUGGAGGCCUUAAGGUGUUUGGGGUUCGGGCUAUUGGCCCCUUGACUUUACGGGAGAUGGCACUGAGAGCAGCCGACAUCACCGAAAUACAGCAUCACCUAUCUGCAAUGAGAGAGGCCGGCAUAUCGACUGGGAAUUCGGUUUUUGCCAAAGUUUUUGAUCACUUAAUAUCGCGCAAAGAUCAACGAUCGCUCCAGGACCUCAUUCAUAGCGACCAACAUCCGGAUGUGCUGGAGAGCCUAGAGACACAGGAAUCGCUUCUUCACCAUUAUUCUCUAUCUCAUGACUGGCGUCGAGCAAACUUAACUCUCACAGUGCUUUCUUUCUUGUCCCGUGAAGAUCCCCAUUCCUAUAAUGUACAGUUACGCAAUGCACUGAAGCUCGAUGAUAAGAGGCUGAUUACUGAGACACUCGACAAAAUGAAGAACAAACGCAUUUCUCCCUCAACCAAAACCAUAAAGUGGAUGAUUUGGAAUAUGCUACCGUCCCAUCGCAUCGGAACUCGGCCCAUCUUAGAUAAAGCUUCCCGGGAAGCCGUCCUACGUCUCUUCGGAAUUUUUCAGUAUGUCAUUAAAUACGGAGGGCAUAUUCCUCCUGAAUCCUGGAAAGCUGGGCUGAAACAGCUCAUUACCAGUCAUCGAUGGUCUGAAGUUGAAAGGCUGUGCCUUUGGCUUGCUGAAGCAUAUUCUCCCAAAAACAACCUCCCAGACUCAGAUAUCAAAAACACCCAGCUACCCGCAUCCCACCCACAAUGUCCUUUGCGCAUCAUAUUUAGCGCGGAGUUUCAAAGAGCAAUUAUUGCUUGCGGGUUCUUACGAAAGCCAGAAUUCAACUUUUCAGGAGCGCCGACCAUGAACCCAUAUAGCCCAACACCCGAACCUGUAGUUCUAUGGAUUUGUGGCCUCAUUUUGCUGAGAAGAUUGAAGGAGAAGGGUGUCCACGUUCAAACAGCCACGGUUCAAAGAGAAUGCCGAGUACGUCUUGCGACGCUUUUUGGUGACGGCCAUCCAUCAAAUCGGAAGAGUAACCUCUUACUUCGGAAGGCCAAUCCAUGGACUUUAGAGAAGAUCAUAACGGAUGCUGAAAGUGUAUGGGGAAUGCCAUUAUUUUCUGAAUUCGGGUCAAACAUGGAUAAACUUGUCAACCCACGCCGUCGCCCUUUCAAAGCCAUGGAUUUUGGCCACAAAUGGCAAGGAAAAGGGCGGAAUAAUACAGUCUUGGGCCAACCAAAAGGUUGA